AUGGGAUUUGAAUCUGAUUUUUUUAAAACGUGUAAAUCUGAUGCUGAUUCAGCUGUACAUGUAUCAGCGGUAGAUUCAACUGCAAAAAUAACGGCAAUAGAGAAAAAUUCUAAUCCCAAAACAUAUUCACUAAUGGAAUCUACUGUGAAAAAAAAUCAAACGAAAGAUCUUGAAGUGGAAAAAUUAAAAAAAGAGAUCAAUCGUUUGUCAGAAAUUGAAAAUGAAUAUAAAAAUGGACGAAGUUACAGCGAGAAAUCUAUUGUACGAGGAAUAGAUCAAUUAACAGAUGAUCUGAAAAAUGAUAGAAGGAAGAGUGGAAAACUUGAACGCGAACGUAGUGAAACCUGUGAAUUAAAAUACGAAUUAUUAAUUAAUAAAUUAAGAUCUACACUUAUUGAAAAUGGCGAAUUAAAGCGAGAUAACGAGCAAUUACGUUUAAAUAUGACCGGUAUUAAAGAAUUAAAUAUUGUAAAUAUGCGUCGAGAAAAAGAUGAAAUAAUCAAUCGUCUGACAAUGGAAAUUCAUUCAUUAAAAUUAGAAUUACUUAAUCAAGCAUCAAUAACUUAUUCAAUUCGUCAACAAUACAAGAAAAUGAUCAAGAAGAACAUAAGAAGAAAUGUACAGUAUUCUACAGAAUGUAACCUGAAAUCGGCUGGUUAUGGAACCACAGGGGUUGGAAAUGGUGAAGAGGGAAAGAUGAGAUGUUCACCAAAAGAACAAAAUGAGCGUUACGGUGAACCAAUUCUAACCGCAUAUAAGAAUAAAUCACUAACGUCCCUUGAAAUUAUCGAAAAACUUCUACAGAAUUUAAAUUUAGUAAAAAAGGUUGAUAUUCUUAAUAUGAACUCCCGAUGUCAUUUGGCUCUAUCAUUCGAACACAUCAUUGUCUAUGAUUAUGAUCAAUUUUACUUACUCAAUAAACGAUUAGACCAUUUAAGUCAUAGUUCAUCUUGGAAAGAUAUUGAAGAUAUUCAAUGGUGUUCAUAUCUCAAUGAAUUUAUAAUAUUAACACGUACGCGAUUAUCUAAAUUUAAUCCGACAACGUAUGAAAUAGACAAAAUUAUUCUUAAACACGAUCGAGGAGGACAUAAAACACCAUAUUCAUCGAUAACAACAAAUGAUGAUCACGGUUCUCUGUUUAUUAAUUGUGGACAUGGUCAAUAUAUUGAACAUUAUUCAUUAAAAACAGGUGAACUAUUGAAACGGUGGUCACAAAAUCCAAUGUUAAUUACAGCGAAAUAUUUUCAAAUUACAAAAAUUCAAUAUUUAGCCAAACAAAAUCGUCUGAUAAUGAAUACAAAUAUUGAUAAUGGUGAUUACACAGCAAUUGAACUAGUUGAUGUUCAUACAAUGAAAGUUUUAGAUCGUUUGGAACCUGAGUUACCAAAUUGUUAUUUUGAAUUUUUAACCAUCUUAAAUGGACAAUUACUUGUUGCCUUGGAGCAAUGUAGAAGAACAAUCGAUUAUUAUCUUGUUCAAUCUAAUUUGAAGGGUGAAAUGAAAAAAUUGAAUUUGGAUAUUUUAACAAAUCGAGUUAUAUCAAGUGUAAAUUUACUAGGCAAUGAUAAUGAUUAUAUUGUGGUUGGUUCAUUGUCCAAGAGCAGCAAAUAUUGUUUAGAAUUGUACAGCAUAUAA